AUGGCUACAGGAGGAGGUCCUUUUGAAGAAGGCAUGAAUGAUCAGGAGAUAGCAAACUGGAGCACUGAAGGUGUUGAUGACCGACUUAACAAUAUGGAUUGGGGUGGCCAACAGAAGAAAGCAAAUAGAUCAUCAGAAAAGAAUAAGAAAAAGUUUGGUGUAGAAAGUGAUAAAAGGGUAACUAAUGAUAUUUCUCCGGAGUCAUCACCAGGAGUUGGAAGGCGAAGAACAAAGACUCCACAUACGUUUCCACAUAGUAGAUAUGUGACUCAGAUGUCUGUUCCAGAGCAGGCAGAACUAGAGAAACUCAAACAGCGGAUAAACUUCAGUGAUUUAGAUCAGAGAAGCAUUGGAAGUGAUUCUCAAGGUAGAGCAACAGCUGCCAACAACAAACGUCAGCUUGGUGAAAACCGAAAGCCCUUCAACUUUUUGCCGAUGCAGAUUAAUACUAACAAGAGUAAAGAGGCUGCUGUAAGUCCUCCAAAGAGAGAAGUGAUUGGAUCAGCACAAUGUAAAGAGUUGUUUGCCUCCGCUUUAAGUAAUGACCUUUUGCAAAACUGUCAAGUCUCUGAAGAAGAUGGAAGAGGAGAGCCUGCAAUGGAGAGCAGCCAGAUUGUAAGCAGGCUUGUUCAGAUUCGUGAUUAUAUUACUAAAGCUAGUUCCAUGCGGGAAGAUCUUGUAGAGAAAAAUGAAAGAUCUGCUAAUGUUGAGCGCCUUACUCAUCUAAUAAAUCACCUUAAAGAGCAAGAAAAGUCAUAUAUGAAAUUUCUCCAAAAAAUCCUUGCUAGAGAAAAUGAGGAGGAGGAUGUUCGGACUAUAGAUUCAGCUGUGGGAUCUGGUUCUGUAGCUGAGAGCACAUCGCUAAACAUAGAUGUGCAGUCUGAGGCUUCAGAUACCACGGCCAGAGAUCCUCAGCAGGAACCUAUGGAAGAGAUAGAAAAUUUGAAGAAACAGCAUGACUUAUUAAAAAGGAUGUUACAGCAGCAGGAGCAGCUGCGAGCCCUGCAGGGACGACAGGCUGCUCUUCUCGCUCUGCAGCACAAAGCCGAGCAAGCUAUCGCUGUGAUGGACGAUUCUGUUGUAACAGAAACAGCAGGUAGCCUAUCUGGAGUUAGUAUCACAUCUGAACUAAACGAGGAAUUGAAUGACUUGAUUCAGCGUUUUCAUAAUCAGCUUCGUGAUUCUCAGCCUCCAACUGUUCCAGACAAUAGAAGACAGGCAGAAAGUCUUUCAUUAACUAGGGAGGUUUCCCAGAGCAGGAAUCCAUCUGUUUCAGAACACUUACCUGAUGAGAAAGUACAGCUUUUUAGCAAAAUGAGAGUAUUACAGGAAAAGAAACAAAAAAUGGACAAACUGCUUGGAGAACUUCAUACACUUCGAGAUCAGCAUCUGAACAACUCAUCAUCUUCUCCACAGAGAAGUGUGGAUCAGAGAAGCACAGCUGUGGCUCCCUCUGCCCCCACCGGCUUAGCACCAGUCAGUGGAGAAGCCAGUAGCCUCACGUCAUCUGUUCCUUAUCCUGUUGCUUCUCUAGCUGCUCAGAAUGAGAGUGAAAAUGAAGGACAUCUGAAUCCAACCGAAAAACUCCAGAAGUUAAAUGAAGUUCGAAAGAGAUUGAAUGAACUAAGAGAAUUAGUUCAUUAUUAUGAACAAACAUCAGAUAUGAUGACAGAUGCUGUAAAUGAAAACACAAAAGAUGAAGAAACUGAAGAGUCGGAGUAUGAUUCUGAACAUGAAAACUCUGAGCCUGUUACUAACCUUCGAAAUCCACAAGUAGCUGCCACUUGGAAUGAAGUAAAUAGUAAUUCUAAUGCACAGUGUGUUUCUAAUAAUAGAGAGGGGAGAUCAGGCAAUUCUAAUUGUGAAAUUAACAACAGAUCUGCUACCAACAUAAGGGCUCUAAACAUGCCUCCUUCUUUAGAUUGUCACUAUAAUAGAGAAGGAGAACAGGGGAUUCAUGUUGCACAAGGUGAAGAUGAUGAGGAAGAGGAGGAAGAAGCAGAAGAUGAGGGAGUCAGUGGGGCUUCAUUAACUAGUCAUAGGAGCAGUCUGGUUGAUGAGGCUCCAGAAGAUGCUGAAUUUGAACAGAAGAUCAAUAGACUUAUGGCUGCAAAACAGAAACUUAGACAGUUACAAGAUCUUGUUGCUAUGGUACAGGAUGAUGAUGCAACAGAUCAAGGCGUUAUCUCUGCCAAUACUUCAAAUUUGGAUGAUUUCUACCCAGCAGAAGAAGGCAACAAACAGAAUGCAAAUAACACUAGAGGAAAUACCAAUAAAACACAGAAAGAUGCUGGAAUAAAUGAAAAGGCAAGAGAGAAAUUUUAUGAGGCUAAACUACAGCAGCAACAGAGAGAGCUCAAACAUUUGCAGGAAGAAAGAAGGAAGCUGAUUGGGAUUCAAGAGAAAAUUCAAGCAUUGCAAAAGGCAUGUCCUGACCUACAGCUGUCAGCCACUAGUGCGGGUAAUUGUCCCACAAAAAAAUAUAUCCCAGCUGUUACUUCAACCCCAGCUGUUAAUGGAAAUGAAACCAGUACAAGCAAAUCUGGUUUUGAGCCUGAAGAUCCUUCAGUAGUAGAUAAUGAGCUGUGGUCAGAGAUGCGAAGACAUGAGAUGUUAAGGGAAGAGCUAAGACAGAGAAGAAAGCAGCUUGAAGCUCUGAUGGCUGAACAUCAGAGGAGGCAAGGUCUAGCUGAAACUACAUCUCCAGUGGCUAUUUCAUUGAGAAGUGAUGGAUCUGAGAACCUGUGUACGCCUCAGCAGAGUAGAACGGAAAAAACAAUGGCAACUUGGGGAGGUUCUACUCAGUGUGCACUAGAUGAAGAAGGAGAUGAAGAUGGUUACCUUUCUGAAGGAAUUGUUCGGACAGAUGAAGAGGAGGAAGAAGAAGAGCAAGAUGCCAGUUCCAAUGAUAACUUUUCAAUGUAUCCUCCUAACAGUGUGAAUCAAAACUCUUACAGUGUAAAAGAAACUAAGAAUAGGUGGAAGAACAGUCGCCCUUUUUCAGCAGAUGGAAAUUAUCGUCCUUUAGCCAAGACAAGACAGCAGAAUAUCAGCAUGCAGCGCCAAGAAAACCUUCGUUGGGUGUCGGAACUCUCUUAUGUGGAGGAGAAAGAACAAUGGCAAGAACAAAUCAAUCAGCUAAAGAAACAACUGGAUUUCAGUGUCAAUAUUUGUCAGACUUUGAUGCAAGACCAGCAGACGUUAUCUUGUCUGCUACAAACUCUUCUCACGGGUCCCUACAGUGUCAUGCCCAGCAAUGUUGCGUCUCCUCAAGUACACCUUAUAAUGCACCAGUUGAACCAGUGCUAUACUCAGCUGACGUGGCAACAGAAUAACGUGCAAAGGUUGAAACAAAUGCUAAAUGAACUUAUGCGCCAACAAACUCAGCACCCAGAAAAACCUGGAAGCCAGGAAAGAAGCAGUGGUGCAUCUCACACCUCUUCUCCCAGUUUAUUUUGUCCUUUCAGCUUUCCCUCACAGCCUGUAAAUCUGUUUAACCUACCUGGGUUUACUAAUUUUUCAUCGUUUGCACCGGGUAUGAAUUUCAGCCCUUUAUUUCCUUCUAAUUUUGGAGAUUUUUCUCAGAAUAUUUCGACACCCACUGAACAACAGCAACCAUUAGCCCAGAAUUCUUCAGGGAAAACAGAAUAUAUGGCUUUUCCAAAACCUUUUGAAAGCAAUUCUUCUAUUGGAGCAGAAAAACAAAGGAAUCAAAAACAGCCCGAAGAGGAGGUGGAAAACAGUAGGACACCAUGGUUAUAUGACCAGGAAGGUGAAGUAGAAAAACCAUUUAUCAAGACUGGAUUUCCAGUGCCUGUAGAGAAAACUACAAAUAGUAAUCGCAAAAAUCAGUUAGAUACCAGCCGGAGAAGACGCCAGUUUGAUGAAGAGUCUUUAGAAAGCUUUAGCAGUAUGCCUGAUCCGGUAGAUCCAACAACAGUAACUAAAACAUUCAAGGCAAGAAAAGCAUCUGCACAGGCCAGCCUGGCAUCUAAAGAUAAAACUCCCAAGUCAAAGAAUAAGAAAAGGCAUUCUACCCAGCUGAAAAGCAGAGUUAAAAAUAUUGGGUAUGAAAGUGCCAGUAUGUCUAGCACAUGUGAACCUUGCAAAAGUAGGAACAGACAUUCAGCCCAGACUGAAGAGCCUGUUCAAGCAAAAGUAUUCAGCAGAAAGAAUCAUGAGCAGCUGGAAAAAAUAAUAAAAUAUAGUAGGUCUACAGAAAUAUCUUCAGAAACUGGGAGUGAUUUUUCCAUGUUUGAAGCUUUGCGGGAUACCAUUUAUUCUGAAGUAGCUACAUUAAUUUCUCAAAAUGAAUCUCGUCCACAUUUUCUUAUUGAACUCUUCCAUGAGCUUCAGCUGCUUAAUACAGACUAUUUGAGACAGAGGGCUUUAUAUGCAUUGCAGGACAUAGUAUCCAGACAUAUUUCUGAGAACCAUGAAAAAGAAGGGGAAAAUGUAAAGUCAGUGAAUUCUGGUACUUGGAUAGCCUCAAACUCAGAACUUACCCCCAGUGAAAGCCUUGCUACCACUGAUGAUGAAACUUUUGAGAAGAACUUUGAGAGAGAAACACAUAAAAUAAGUGAGCAAAAUGAUGCUGAUAAUGCUAGCGUCAUGUCUGUAUCUUCAAAUUUUGAGCCAUUUGCAACAGAUGAUCUAGGUAACACUGUGAUUCACUUAGAUCAGGCAUUAGCCAGAAUGAGAGAAUAUGAGCGCAUGAAGACCGAGGCCGAGAGGAGCACAAACACAAGAUGCACCUGCAGGAUUGUUGAGGAUGAGGACGGUGCUGCCGCCGCGGCUACCGUUCCUAACUUGGAAGAAACUCCCAUUGAAAAUUGUAGUUCACAACAACCUGUAAGCGAAGUUUCUACUGUCCCGUGUCCUAGAAUUGAUACUCAGCAGCUGGACCGGCAAAUUAAAGCCAUUAUGAAAGAAGUCAUUCCUUUUUUGAAGGUAAGCAUUUAUAUCCUAACCAGCUUGGAUUUUUCUCAGGAGCACAUGGAUGAAGUAUGCUCUUCUCAACUUCUAACUUCAGUGAGACGCAUGGUUUUGACCCUUACCCAGCAAAAUGAUGAGAGCAAAGAGUUUGUAAAGUUCUUUCAUAAACAGCUUGGAAGUAUAUUACAGGAUUCACUGGCAAAAUUUGCUGGCAGAAAACUCAAAGACUGUGGAGAAGAUCUUCUUGUAGAAAUAUCUGAAGUGUUGUUUAAUGAAUUGGCUUUCUUUAAGCUCAUGCAAGAUUUGGAUAAUAAUAGUAUAACUGUUAAACAGAGAUGCAAAAGGAAAAUAGAAGCAGCUGGAGUGAUACAGUCUUAUGCCAAAGAGGCCAAAAGGAUUCUUGAAGGAGAUCAUGGCUCACCUGCUGGAGAAAUUGAUGAUGAAGACAAAGACAAGGAUGAGACCGAAACAGUUAAGCAGACUCAAACAUCUGAGAUGUAUGAUGGUGACGGUCCCAAAAACGUGAGAUCUGACGUUUCUGAACAAGAGGAAGAUGAAGAAAGUGAAGAAUGUCCGGUGUCUAUUAACUUAUCCAAAGCUGAAACUCAGGCUUUGACGAAUUACGGAAGUGGAGAAGAUGAGAAUGAAGAUGAAGAGAUAGAAGAAUUUGAGGAGGGACCUGUAGAUGUUCAGACUUCACUUCAGGCCAACACUGAAACUGCGGAAGAAACUGAACGCGACAAUCAGGUACUACAACAUGACUUUGAAAAAUCAGGAGAAAGCAAAAAUGUCCCAUCAGAACAAGAACCCACUACUAAUGACCAAGAUAGCACUCCUGUGAAACCCUGUUACCUCAACAUCUUGGAAAAUGAGCAACCUUUAAAUAGCGCCAUCCAAAAGGACUCUCUUACUACCAUUGAUUCAUCUAAACAGCCGAACCCUUUGCCUUUACCUUUAACUGAAAUUGAAACCUUGGUGCCUGCAGUCAAAGAAGUUAAAUCUGCCCAGGAAACUCCUGAAAGCUCUUUGGCCGGAAGUCCUGACACUGAAUCUCCAGUGUUAGUCAAUGACUAUGAAGCAGAGUCUGGUAACAUAAGUCAAAAAUCUGAUGAAGAAGACUUCGUGAAAGUUGAAGAUUUACCACUUAAACUGACAAUAUAUUCAGAGGCAGACCUAAGGAAGAAAAUGGUAGAGGAAGAACAGAAAAACCAUUUAUCUGGUGAAAUAUUAUGUGAAAUGCAGACUGAAGAAUUAGCUGGGAAUUCUCAGACACUAAAAGAACCUGAAACAGUGGGAGCCCAAAGUGUGUGA